AUGGGCUCAGGCCCCAUCGACCCCAAGGAGCUCCUCAAGGGCUUGGAUUGCUUCCUGGGCCGCGAUGGGGAGGUCAAGACCAUGGAUGGCAUCUCCAAAAUCUUCAGCCUGAUGAAGGACUCCCAGAAGAUGGUGAGUCGCUGCAUCUACCUGAACAUCCUCCUGCAAACUCGGGCCCAGGACAUCCUGGCCAAGUUUAUCCGCAUCGGGGGGUACAAGCUGCUCAACACGUGGCUCACGGGCUCCAAGGCCAACAACAACGUGCCCUUCCUGCAGCAGAUCCUGCUCACCCUGCAGCACCUCCCGCUCACCGUCGACCACCUCAAGCAG